AUGGCGACUACUACAGAGGUGGACAAUGUGCCUGUGGCUGCUGCUCACUCUUUCAGACCCUAUGCUCGCAGCCUCUCCCACGAGCUCCGUACGCCCAUGCAUGGGGUCAUCGGGAUGCUGGACGUCAUGCACGCCACUGUGCAGGAAUCUAUAGAAUUGCAGCAAAAUCCUAAAAUCAGAAAUAUCUUUCUGGCUCUGAAGAAUAAUAUCGAAGUUGUGCAAGAUAGUUCACGUCGAGCAGUAGAGGCUGCAGACAACAUCGUCCAUGCCUAUGAAUUGAACAUGCAAAUUCCCGACACCCCAGUGGAUGACGGUGAUUCGCCAGCAACCUUCUUGUCAUCCGCUGCUGCGUUUGAGAGCCGACCACAUAUCAUGAUCCAGGGAGGCAACAUCGCAAUCAAUCCACGUAAGAGGCAGAAGCAUAGCCCUGUUUCAUGGAGCUUUGGGAGCACGACCAAGCGAAGAGACAGCAGAUUUUCACCUCGAAGGGAAGUAUCCCCGCGAAGUGGAAUGCACGUUUCAAAGCCCGUAACUCCUUGCAGUAUGCAGCAUACCACUCAACCUCCGUCUAGCCCUGAGUGUUCAAGGUCGGCACCUGGGUCAUAUUUCCCACCAACAUGUAGUUCUGUGGCGGCAGAGCCAUCAGCUACGCCAAAUUUACGUCAAAGCCGCAUAAGAGAUCUGGUACCCAUAGUCAUUUACGAAGCUCUCCGCGUUGGUGGACGCCCAGACUCCUCAAUUGGUCAUCCGACACCGUUGGGAGAAAGGAUAGAGGUUCGCACCAGAUCUUCCAAUGGCCAUGCCUCAUUCCAAAUCAUCGAAUGGUCUGUGCAAACAGAUGUACCUGAAAUGCUUAUGGUUGACGAGAGAGAUCUCUCCAAGCUUGUGUCAUGUGUGGUUUUGAACGCCAUCAAAUUUACUGAAAAUGGAACGAUAUCGAUUGUAGUCUCGCUGUCACAAAGCCUGCGGUCAGUGCGAAUCAACGUUGCCGAUAGCGGUGCCGGUAUACCUAAGGAAUUUGUGCCCCAGCUUUUCAAGCCUUUCUCGCAAGAGGACGCAUCCUUGACUCGUACUAGGGACGGCUUGGGUCUUGGUCUUCUCGUAGCAAAGGGGAUUGCACGAAAACUCGGUGGAGACUUGAAACUUGUCCGCACAGAGACAUCAGGCCCAGGGAAAGGAUCCGAGUUCGAGAUCAAGGUUCCUGUAGGAGGUCACGACUUGGAAAGUAUACCAGGGAGCCCAUUUGACCGAACGCCGACACCAUCAGGCAGCGGUGCACAAUUGCCUAGGUCAGAUAGAUCAUACGCAGCGACAUCGUAUCCAAGGCCUGCUCUUGCUACUCCUCAGUUACCAUCACCUGAACUCACAGAUCACGUGCGGUUUCCCAUUUCGUCACCAAGCUCAUCAAAAGCGUCUCCGAGCCCUGUACGAAGGAUGCCAUCCACCGCAUCCAAGACAUCACUAUCAGAAAGAAAUGCUAUCGACCGCAGGCUUGCAUUGAAGUACCCACUAACGUUUCUUGUCGCCGAUGACAACAAGAUCAACCGGAAGCUGCUCAUCAACAUGCUUUCAAAGCUCGGUUAUGAAGAUGUCUAUGAAGCCUUUGAUGGACGCGAAGCCGUUCGACUUGUGAAGGAAAUUGCAGCGUCGACAGAGGAGAGGCAUUCUCAAAACAAUUUUUUGGAGACCCAACGAGCAUUCAAACUUGUUGACAUUGUCUUGAUGGAUCUGUGGAUGCCAGAAAUGGAUGGCUACGAAGCAACCGAGAAGAUCUUUGAGUGCAGCCCCGCGAGCAUACCGCCUCCUACCGUCAUAGCCGUCAGCGCAGACGUUACCGAGAAAGCUAUAUCCCGCGCCACGGCUGUGGGAAUGGAAGGCUUUAUGACAAAGCCGUACAAGCUGGUGGAUUUGCAGAGGCUUAUUGAGGAGAUUUGCAAUCGGGUCUAA